GAGUGGCAAGUUGUUUGUUUCACUGUUACCAGCUGCUGGACUAUUCCAAUCCCUGUCGGAGAGAAUACACGGGGACCGACAGUCAUUCUCUUCCUCCCCGUUUACCUCAUUGUGAUUCUUUUAUUACACCCUGCUUCUAUUUUACCUCUCUUUCAUUCUUUUCCGAAGUGGAUAACUUGUCCUUCUCCCUCCCUUGCUUUCUGCUACGUUUCACGGUUUUUAUAAGCUAUAUAGGUGUAUUUAUUUGUUUUUUAUUAGAAACGAUAUACAUUUAUGUCUUAGAUGUUCCUCAAAUGAGAAGACGCAAAUGAUGGAGUUGCAUAUUUUAGAACACAGCUUGAAAGUAGCGAGUAUAGCAAAAGAGGGCAUUCAGAUUUGCACUCACGGAUUAAUCAAACUCGCCUUCUUGCCCUCUAAAACAAGAUGCAAGUUUUUCAGUUUGACGGAAACUCCGGAGGAUUAUACCAUUAUCGUCGAUGAGGAAGGCUUCAAAGAACUGCCCGAGUCGGAGCACCUUAGUGUCGCCGAGGCCACGUGGUUGGCUCUCAACGUGGUGUCGGGGGGCGGGAGCGCCACCAACUCUCAACCAAUCGGAGUCACCAAAAUAGCCAAGUCUGUCAUUGCCCCCCUGGCAGACCACAACAUUUCUGUGUUUAUGCUGUCUACCUAUCAGACUGACUUUAUCUUGGUUCGAGAGCGGGACCUGCCCAUGGUCAUGCACACCCUGUCUUCUGAGUUCACCCUGCUGAGGGUGAUCAAUGGAGAGACCGUGGCCGCCAACAGCCUGGGAGUCACCAACGGCUUUGUCAAGCCUAAACUCGUGCCCCGUCCCAUCAUCCACCCUCUUUCCAGCCCCAGUAACAUGUUCUGUGUGACCAGCCUGGACCCGGACACACUGCCCUCGGUGGCCACCCUGCUCAUGGACGUCAUGUUCUACUCAGGCGGCAUGAAGGAGCCCGGGGCGUCUAGCGAGGACUCUGGUCACAUCCGCUUCUUCUCCUUCUCUCUGAUUGAGGGCUACAUCUCUCUGGUCAUGGAUGAGCAGACCACACCACGGUUUCCAAACAAUGUCCUCUUCACUAGUGCUUCAGGGGAGCUUUGGAAAAUGGUUCGCAUUGGAGGACAGCCUUUAGGAUUUGACGAGUGCGGUAUUGUGGCUCAAAUAUCGGAACCCCUGGCGACUGCUGACAUUCCAGCUUAUUACAUCAGUACCUUCAAGUUCGACCAUGCCCUGGUCCCAGAAGAAAACAUCCAGAGUGUGAUUGGAGCUUUGAGGACCAAUGAGAGCGCAGGACAGUGAAUGGGAGAUGAGAAGAGACAGUGGAACUAGCGAGCCCUGUGCCCUCACACCCACACGGUGAUUUAUCAUGUCAAACUCAUUUUUUUUAAAGUGCCAAGAGUGUAUCAGUGGACUGCUGUGGGGGGUGAUUCUGGGAACAGGGUAAUGUAACGCUUGGGUGGUGUAGAUAGGGUACAGGGGAGGGACAGUGUGUGUGUGUAGGGAUGCUUUUGUUCAGCGAUCAGCAACGUGCCCCUCCUACGUGCCAACUACGCAACCCUACCCACCACAUCACCCCCUUGACCAUCCACUCUUACCCCAAACAACAUCCACUUCUUUGGGGACCCAAAGCUAGGGUGACUGCAGUGUUUUUUUUCUUUUUUUUUCUCGCUCUCCUUUUUCUUUCUCCUCUCCCUCACACCAUUUCACCAUGUCAACGCGGCCUACUAAGUUUGGGCCUAUCUCUUCGACACCAGCCCGGAAUGCUGCGACCCGGCCGUCACCUCCUUUUACUUUGGCACUCACGCGGCCAAUGACAGCCUAUACUGGUGCUUUAGUAUACCACACUUUCCUUCCUAACUUUGCAUUGUUUCUUCCCAUAACAACCAUACUGUAUUAGUCACCAGUCCUCCCCAUAACAACCAUACUGUAUUAGUCACCAGUUCUCCCCAUAACAACCAUACUGUAUUAGUUACCAGUCCUCCCCUUAUGGAAAGAGAAUGUUCUCUACAAACAAUUAUCAAGAUUUCCAUUAUUCUUAUUAUUUAUUUUUCUCAGUGCCAAGUCGUUUUAAAGACCAAUGCCUUGUCAAACGCUCAGUGUGUUUGCACUUGAAGGUGACAAUUCUGAGUUGUUGUUGGUAAUGACACGACAUAGUGUGGUUUUGUUUUUACAAGUUAUUGAAUAAGCUUUUAAUGUCAAGUCCUGAUGAAAUUCUCAUUAUGGAAACUCUUCUUAAAGUAAUCAGUUAGAGUUCUCAUUGAAAUGCCAUUUAGCUGAAGGCUAGCGAAUAGAUUGCAGGGACUGAGGCAAGAUGUAUGUCAAUGGUCCUAAACUCUGGUGACCUGGAAAGCAGAUCAGAUUUGUCAGAUGGGAAAAUGAAAGAUUCUGGUGUUGAGUGUUUAAAUUACAUUUACUGACAAAUCACAGAGCCACUGUUAUGUAGGACAUAUCAUAUAAACAACAUUCUAUUUGGCUAUAUAUAAGCCAGUUUUCAUGUAGUAUCGGUCAAUUUGGGAGAAGUAGGUUAUCGUUUUGCAUCAAGUGCCACACCAUGCCUGACACUAAACCAGCCCUUUACCACAAACUAGUAGAAUAAGGAAAAGUGGUGGGGAAAUGGUUGGGUUGUGGAUCAUUGAACCAGCCCUGCAACCCUGGUCAGUUUAGGCCUUCAGCUCACCUCCCUACCCCUCCCUCUUACCUCGCCCCCUGCAUCCCCUCACCCCAGUCUGCACUUUAAUACAGGUCCAUCCUGCUGUACUGAUGUGAAAACGGGGAAGACUAUUUUACCCUUGAAGGAUUCUCUUGAGAAGGUGAGACUAUAUUGGUCUUAAUGCAUUGGUGUUUUUUUUUUUUUGUCCGCACCAAGAAAAAGCUUGCUUCGUCAGUUAGCUUUGAUUAGCAGAAACCAUGUAGCUAUUAAUCAGUGUUAAAAACAUAAAAGGGUGAUAUAAAAAAUAAAUAAAAAAUGUUUUUUUCAUGUUCUAGUGUGUUUGGUUUCUCAAGGCCUUCCUGUCAUCUGUGCUGUUUUAUUUAUUUUUUGUCUUCAUUUCCAACAUUGGUCCCCCAGACCCAUUGCAUAUUCAAAUUUCAUCAUCUCACCAUUAUCCUAAUUUAGACUUAAUAUAAUGGAUUCUGAAAGGAACUUGCAGCUUUCAGCAAUAAUGUGAUUUUUAUAUUCAAAUCAUUGGUUGAUUUACAUUGAUUCUGUAUGUGAUGGGCUGGAAUGUAAACUCCGAUGCAUGGGGGACUGCUGUUGGAGCCCUUGUAUUGCUAGAUGCUGUACCAAACUCUCUAUUAUUGGCUUUUUAGUCCAGCAUUUUUUUAAAUUCUUUGACAGGGCUAGGUUUCCCACUUCAAUGCACCCCGCUUAUAAAGAAUCAAAAGUGAUAGAUUGAAGUGGUCAAACUGUGGGACAUAAUCAUUCCUAUUACUUACCUUGCUUUUCAAGAAUCAAUCAUUUUUAAGAAUGAAAUCAGCAAAGGCAGAUGUGAGUCUUAAAAUAACACUACGUGAUGGAGAAAAAUGCAACAGUGGAUUUGUACUUUGUCGCCCUAUAAACAGACAAGACGGGAUUCAAACACACCACAAUGUGCCGACAUCGCACUGCACUUGAAAUCGGCGACGGCUUUAUCUAUCCCUUCCAUGACGACGCAUUUGUUAGCUUUAGCUUCUAAGAUUUGUCUGCCAUUUUAAAAUGUUCUCACUAAUCAUACUAAUUUGCAAAAAAAGUUUGCUAAAGGUGGGAGAAAAUAUUCGGUAGUCAUGAUCAACUAUACCCCUCACUACACUUGUCUUUUAAAGACAAUUUCCCUUAAAUCAAGUGCAGUGCGACCACGGCACAUUGCGCUUUGUUUGAAUCCUGGCCCAAACACUUACAUUUUACCUCUUUGUUGAAGGCGUCUUGCAGUGCAAUAACAUUGUGGUCUGACAUUGGUAUUACAAAUAAAGCUUGUAUUCUA